GAUUCCCUUCUGCAACCUUGUUGACCACUCGAUCCAGUCGUACGUGAACCUGCAGAGCAGGAUCGGUCGUCAAUGGUCGGUUUACCGUUCAGGUGUUGGGGCUGCGGCGCCCUACAGGAAGUCCAAGAGCACGCGGAGCUCACCAAAACUGUAUUGCCUUCGGAAAGCCAUGCCGAUCACCAAAAACAGAAAAGUGAUUUGCAUAGGAAGAGAACUGUACACAUACAAGUUGGGAGGCUGCAAAGCUGAUCAAUUUGGAUUUUUGGAGGCUCCAAAUAUGGUUUCUGAAUCUGAAGCAGCAGUCGACAAUCUGAAGGUACUUUUGUAAUUGAUACAUGCAUCUCAUCUGUUAGUUCUGCAAAAUGUUUUACUGGCAUGAUCAGGUUUUGGAUGCAAAAUUGUUUCAUGUGAAUGUGCAGACUUUGGUGAGGUUUUUUGAUGAUGGAAAGCAUGUUUGACGUUACUUCUCUCUGCAAUUUUCUGUUUAAGUUAGCGUAUAUGUUUAAUUGAUGUCUUGUCUCGUUUAACAUAAUCUGGUCAUAUAUAUGCAUUGGGCACACGAGCCAAUAUGAGGUGUUUCUAUGCCUGUUUGAUCGCUUUAUUGUCCGAGAAUCCUGGUUGUAUGCGCUGCAUUUGGUUUUCUAUAAGACUCCCAAAUUCGGUUCCAAUUUCUCGUUUCCUUAAUGGAAGUGAAAUUCAUGGUUUGAAAUGGCCUUUGAUGCAGUGUGUGAAUGCAUGUUCAUUUUGAUAUGGUAGUUUCUUAUUUUGGGAUAUGUUCUCAUUCUAAUGUCUUGGAUGGAUGAAUAUUAUUUAGCGUUUGUGAGGAUCAAAUGUUUGCUUUGAAUUGGAUUCCAUCAAAGUUAUGGAAGUUAUAACAUGUAUAAUUUUCAAAUCUAAUUUUAUCUUUGUGUACAAUCAAAUAAUGUAUUUUAC